AUGCCAUAUGAUUUAUUGGGUUACCGGACGACUGUCACAACGUCAAUUGGAGAAUUUCCAUACUUGCUAGUAUAUGGAACGGAAGCAGUCAUACCUGCUGAAGUCGAAAUACCAUCUUUGAGAAUCAUCCAAAAAGCUGAGUUAAGUAAUGCUGAAUGUGUCAGUAAGCAUAUUGAUAAACUAACUUUGAUUGAUGAGAAGAUAAUGGUUGUUGUCUGUCAUUGUCAGUUGAAUACACAGAGAUUGAUUCGUGCCUUUCACAAGAGAGUAAGAACCAGAAUUUUCGAUGUUGAUCAGCUGGUACUUAAACGCAUUUUUCCUCAUCAAGACGAAUACAAAGGAAAAUUCGCGCCAAAAUGGCAAAGACCCUACAUGGUUCGCAAGGUAUUAUCUGGAGGUGCUUUGGUCCCAUCAUAA